CAACGCAAAGGAUCACAUUUGCUAUGGAGCAUGAAGAGGGUUUGGUUGAGAACUACAUUAACCAGCAGGAUUUGGAUCAGCGUGACAUUCCUUGUUGCCUGGCAACUCCUCCAAACUAAAACGGCAGAAUCGCAGAGCCAAAUGUAGAAGCAAACAUGUUUUACUAGCUAAGUGUUGGCUUAACUGAAAAUCGAGCUGCUAGAGCUGUAUUUUGCUUUGUUACCACAUUCACUGCUCUUGAAAGCUUAACGCCAGUUUGGAUGUAGCUUUGAAUAACGUGAAUAAAUUUACAGCGCAGACAUUUAAAAGCGGAAAUGUCGGAAGAACACACAUCUGCUGUUGGUGGACAGGCAGUGAUCACGCAGACAGAUUCAGGGGAACACACUGAAGGAUGUGAUACUGAAAACUCAAUGAUGCAGCAGAAGGAUGAGGAGGAAUCAAGCAAGCAGCUCUCUGCAGAAAUUUACUAUAACUAUGAGGAGCUUCACUCCAGACCGUCCAUCACACCCAACUCUGAAAUCCCAGAGAACCUCCUGCACCUCUCUCGCUCCUUUGGCUACGACAGCGGGCGCAGGGGGAACCUGCAACUGCUGGAUGACAGAACUCUGAUCUUUAUAGCAGGUAACCUGCUCGUCCUUCUGGACAUUUCCACCAAGGAGCAGCGGUACCUCCGCUCCUGCAGUGGAGGAGGAAUCGGCUCCAUCAUGGCACACCCUAGCAAGGAAUACUUUGUUGUAGCAGAGAAGGGAAACCAGCCCAACAUCAUAAUCUAUGAAUAUCCCUCAUUACGACUGUCCCGCAUCCUCAGAGGCGGUACAGAGCGAGCGUACAGCUUUGUGGAUUUUAACCAUGAUGGGAGCUUGCUGGCUAGUGUGGGGAGCGCACCCGACUACAUGCUGACACUUUGGGAUUGGAGGAAGGAGGAGGUCAUGUUGAGCUGCAAGGCCGUUUCUCAGGAGGUCUACCGAGUCAGCUUCUCCCCAUACAACCCAGGAUUGCUCACAUCAUCAGGAUCUGGACACAUCAAGUUCUGGAAAAUGGCUAGCACAUUCACAGGUCCUAAAUUGCAAGGGCUUAUGGGACAUUUUGGGAAAACUGCAGCGACUGAUAUUGAGGGCUACGUGGAACUUCCCGAUGGAAAGGUGGUGUCCGGCACAGACUGGGGCAACUUGCUGCUGUGGGACGGGAAUGCCAUCAAGGUGGAGAUUUGCCGUAAAGGAGGGCGGAACUGCCACACCGGGAUGGUGCAGCCGUUUGCCCUGGAAGAUGGACAGCUGAUGACGAUUGGCUCUGAUGGAGUGGUCCGGGGCUGGGACUCUGAGAGCAUCGACACCGCCGACAGCAACAGCGACAGCAGCAGGUUUGAGAUAGAGCCAAUGAAUGAGAUGGUGGUUGGACACAACGUCUGCAUCUCCUCUGUGGUGAAGAGCUCCCUACCUGACUCCUUCAUCUGGUUUGCUCAGGAUUCCAGCGGAGCCAUCUGGAAACUGGAUCUUUCAUUCACCAACACGACCCCUGAUCCAGAGUGCCUGUUUUCCUUCCACGCUGGGGCGAUCAAGGGCCUGGACGUGUCAAGGAAAUCCCACCUGAUGGCCACAGUCGCUCUCGACCGUUCAGUCAAAGUUUUUGACUUCCUGGCAAAAAGAGAACUGACCACUAGUCGCUUCAAUCAGGGAGGAACUGCUCUCAGCUGGGCUCCACCAUUGGUGAACCAAACUGGAGGUUUACUGGUGACGGGCUUUGAGGAUGGGGUUGUCCGGUUACUGGAGCUGUACGACCCUCAGAGGCUGCAUUUGGUCACCGGGCGCAGACCCAAAGGAGAUGCCAAGCUGCGCCUCAAACAGGCCUUCAAACCCCAUAAUGCCCCUGUAACUGCUGUUGCAUUUGAGCGAAAUGGAGAGAUCUUAGCCACAGGGAGCUCAGACAGCACUGUGUUCUUCUUCACUGUCGCGGAAAAAUACAACCCCAUCGGCUUUGUCCACGUUCCCGGGCCGGUGCAGGCGCUGGAGUGGUCACCUCAUUCCCAUAGUGAAAACAGGCUGCUCAUCCUGUGUCAGAAUGGUCAUGUGGUCGAGGUUCAGAGUCCUGAUCCAGAGGCCCACAAGCCGACCAAAACCUUCCAGCUGCCUGAAAUACCCAGCAGAACUUUCAGGUUCAGGAGCAUCAAAUCUCGAAUCAAGAGAGAGGAGGAAAUAGCAAGACGUCAAGCGGUAAAGGAGAAGAAGAAGAAAGCGAGAGAGGAGAGGUUGAAAGAAUCAAAGCAGCUGGAUGCAGAGCAAGAGGAAGAAGAAGAAGAAGAGGGAGAGUUGCCCCCUAUCCACUUCCCCGACCCUCCAAGUCCUCUCUACUGUGGCUUCUACUCACAGCCUGGCCAGUUCUGGCUCUCCAUGGGAGGCUUUGACUCAGGAUUCUUGUAUCACUGUAAGUUCUCGGAGAAGCAGGACCAGGAUCCGGACCAGCGGCAUGAUGAGCCCUUUGACUUCCGGCCUGUCCACAACACAGACAACGACCCCAUUCGCUCCAUCACCUUCAGCUCCAACAGGCAGCUGUUGCUCUGUGGCAUGCACUCAGGCUUCAUCAGGGUUUACCCUCUGCAGCCUAGUGACCACUGCCUCACCUCCAUGCAGGCCUACUGGGCUCUCAGCGUCCACGACAACCAAUACGGACACUUGCGGCACAUCCGCUGUAGCCAUGACGACCUCUUUGUGCUGACGGCAGGUGAUGACGGCAACAUCUUCUCCUUCAGCCUGCUUCCUCCAGAAGAGCUACAGAAAGGCCUGCAGAGAAAGAGGGCUGAGGUGCCUUCUCCCAGGGUGGGUAUUGAGAAUGAAGCGUUAGCCCAGGACAUUGAGAACCCAGCAGCCUACAGCAUCGAAACGGCUAAGCAGAAGCUGGAGAAAGACCGUCUGCGUCGGGAGGCUGAUGUGAAGAUUGCAGCGAAGCGGAAUAAGCUGGCUGAGCUCCAGAAGACGUUCAAACAGCUGCUGAACAACAACCAGAGUCUGCCGGAGCAUGUUCGCCUGUCACCUGUGGAGCUGCAACUGGACCGGCGGUUCAGUGAGCAGGCAGAGAGGGUGAAGGCCCAGCGGGUGAGGGAGGUCAGAAAGCAGAUGGCCUGGGAGGAGGAGCGCUGCAGCAUAGCACUCAGCAAACUACAGGACUGGUUUAGGGACUCUCUGGAGGUCAACAUGGUCACUGUGGUCGCCAUCUGCACCGACCACAGAGUCUCCACCUACCGCCUGCCGACGCUCACCGAGCCUUUAACCCAGCUCAAACAUCAGAGCAGACCCGGAUGGCCUGACAGAGACGGAGCUGCUGCACCAGAAAGCAGAAAAACCAGAGCCGAGCCUGCAAAAGACUGCAGCACAUUAGAAGAGGAGGAGGUGCUGCGCCCACCAGUGGCUCGUCCAGCGGGGAUAAAGCUGGCAGAUCGACAGGUCGAGAGGCUCCGAAAGGCUGCAGAGAAAGCUGAACAAGCUCGAGCCAAGAUAGAGAAGAGGAAGCAGGAAUGGGCCCAACUUUACGCAGAGAAGCCAAACGAGGACUGCGAGGAUCCGCAGGAUGUGCAGGCCAUCAACGAAGCCAAAGAGAACAUCGGAGACUUAAAGCUGAAGUCAGCUAAAGACUUCACAGUGCCGAAACACCUGAGGAUGAACGCUGAGAGGAAGAGAGCAGAGCUAAUAGGCCUGGAGGAAAAUAUCCGUGAGAGGCAGACUAAGAUGAAUGGGCGGAUUGUGGCAUUGCGGGACUCCAAGAUUCGCCUGGUCUCUCAGUUGCGCGCUCAGGCUCAGCAGGUCCAGAGGGUCCAGCAGUGUCUAGCGGCCCAUCUCCACCGCUCUCCACCUGCCCUGCCCAACAUACUACCAGAGGAAACCCCAGAGAAGAGACUGCAGUACAGCCACGCCACCCUGGAGCGAUACCGGGUUCUGAGAGAACAGAGAUUCAAGUCCAUGGAGCAGGAGGAGCAGGAGGGAAGCUCCCGUUUAUUGGAGCAGCUGGAGAAAGAGAUGGAAGGAGUGGAGGGAAAAGAGGAAGUAGAAGAGGAGAGAGGAGAUGAGAUGACUCCUGGUUUGUCAGCUUCAUCUGUAACCAGAAAAGAAGUCAAGAAAGAGACAGACGGGCAGGAAGGAGCAGAGCAGAGCCAGCUGGAGGAGGAGCUCCAGAGAGAGGAGGAGAUCAGACUGCUGCACGAGCAGGACUCUCUGCUGGAGCAGAUGGAGAGAUCGGUGUGUGAGUUUGACGCGGAGCUCCUGCUGCUGCGUCACCAGAAGCUGCGUCUGGACUGGGAGCUGAAGCUGGCCGACCUCCAUCAGCUGACGCUCUACCAGGAGCUGCUGCUCCUCAAGGAGUUUGAGAGGAGGGAGGACAGCCUGCAGGAGAAGCUAAACGGACGCAUUGGGGAGGAGAACAGCAUCACGAGUAAGCUGGAGGAGUGUAAUGAACAGCUGGAUCUGAAGCUGGGAGACAUAGCCAAGCUGCAGGAGAGAGAGAGGGCUCUGAUUGCCGCCUUCCACACCUCGCUUGGCGAAGAGAACAAGUUUGAAGAGUUCCUGACAAAAGUCUUCAAGAAGAAGAUCAAACGUGUUAAGAAGAAGGAGCAGACGGGAAGUGAAGAAGAAGAGGACAGUGAUGAAGACUCUGAUGAAGAUGAUGACUGGGAUGAUGAUGAUGAUGAUUAUGACAGCAGCACGGAGGAGGGAGGACCUGCUCUGGACACUAAUGUUUGCCCUCCAGGCUGCGAUCCCGUGUUGUUUGAGAACACACUGCAGCUUCGUGAGCGUCGGCUGGACCUGGAGGAACUGCUGGCGGAGGAGAAGAAGAGUGCUGAAGCUCUGAAGAAGGAGUGUGACACCCUCGUCAAGAAGAGGAAAUCGGUGAAGGUUAUUCGGAAGGCAGUUGAGGACGACUUGGAGUUAGUCAACAGGGAGAAACAGCAGAAAAUGAACGAACUGGAUGUGGUGGUUCCUCUCCGACUGAACCAGAUUGAAUUUAUCACUAACGGCUCGGUGCCGUCUGACCUGAGUCCAGCAUUGGUGCUGGACAGGACGGAGCUGAGCAGGCUGCAGGAGCGUAUCAAACAGUUGCAGGCGGAGAAGAAUGAGCAGAGAGACCUGUACUAUCAGGCCCGCCAGCAGCACGUCAGGCUCAUCUAUGACCGCAAGGACAUGGACAGCAAAAUCCAGGUACUGGAGAAGCAGUGCAACCAGCUGAUGAUGAUGAAGUUUGGGAGGCUGGUGGAUCUGGAGGCUCUGCAGACGCUGUCGGGGAACAGGACGCUGGAGGAGCUCAAACAGGAAAAACUCCUCCGAGAAGCUGCAUACGCCAGGGAAAUCAAACAGUGGGAUGCGAAGGUACAAGAGGCGCGUCAGGCUCUGAUGGAGGUGACCAGGUGUAACACGGAGCGUCUCCUCAGCAUGACGAUCCUCCUUGACCAGAAGAAAGAACUGGAACAAAAACUCAGCGCCAGGCAGAAGAAAAUGGGCCGACAGUUCAAGGAUUACAGGAGACGUGUGGACCAGGAGGAGAUUGUGAGGCUCCGGGAGCUGGUGAAAACACAAUCACAGCAGGCCGAGGCCCUCAGGAGAGAGAUUGGCCUCCUGUCUCGUAAAGGAGGCCGCGUCCUGCCCCCUUGCCAGGCCCAGCUGCCCCCUCUCGCCCCCAUGCCCACCCCUAGAAACCACUCCUACACCAGCAAACAAGGACAAGGGCGUUCGUCCAAACAGCUGAAAGUACAAAACUCACCCAGCAGACAGGGAGCUACUUAACUGAGGCCAGAAAACACGUACACCAUUACUGUAUAGUGAGAUAACUCUGCUCACAAAUAGCCCUUUCUUAUGAAAUUUUAUUCUUAAGAUUAAAAAAUACUACUAAUACUGA